AUGCGAACGGUUCCUACAGAAACCGCGGCCGUAGAGCUACAUACACGGUUUGUGCCGGUUCUUGAAAGGGCUGCGGCUUUAAACAAGGUUGUUGAUCUUCAAGAUCUUCUUGAAAGGUACUCUUUUGACAAUAUAUGUAAAGUGGCCUUCAAUUUCGACCCCGGUUGUCUCGCCGGAGAUGGAACUUUCGGUAGUGAGUUCAUGAAAGCUUUUGAAGAAGCUGCAAUGCUUAGUUUCGGAAGAUUUAUGUAUAUUUUACCAGGACUCUACAAGAUCAAAAAACUGUUGAAUGUCGGUUCGGAAUCAAAGCUACAAAAAUCGAUCGCUACUGUUCAUAAAUUUGCGGACGACAUUAUACAAUCGCGAAUAACAGAAAGCACAAAAGAACCCAAGGAAGAUCUGUUAUCCCGGUUCAUGAACAUAUCCGAGUACUCCCCAGAGUUUCUGAGGGACAUAGUCACAAGUUUCAUACUAGCAGGCCGCGAUUCGACCUCGUCCGCCCUCACAUGGUUCUUCUGGAUAUUAUCUUCACAUCCAGAAGUAAAACUGAAAAUACUGGAGGAACUUAAAACACUCCGCCUUAGCAAAAGUGAUCAGAACUCUUACGAGUUUGACGACCUGCGACAGAUGCAUUACCUACACGCUGCGAUAUCAGAGGCAAUGCGGCUGUUCCCACCGGUUCCAGUUGACACAAAAGCAUGCCUAAAACCUGACGUGUGA